GUCAAUUUGUAUACUUGUCGCUCGAAUAACGGCUCUUCCCAUUUGCCAUACUCAAUGAGAAAAUAAUUGUAUAAAAUGGAGCUGCGUAGCAAAUUUAAUAAAUUGAAAGAGCUGCUAAUCAGCGCAGGCGUAUAUGAAGAUGGCAUGGAAGUUGAAGAGAUGCGUCAAAUGGCACAGGCUAUGGAAAUGUCUGUCUCAUCGUACAAUGGCGUGGAAUAUUCGAAUCUCGAGCGGGCGCUCCUGGAGAGCGAAAUUGAUUUCCAAAUGAUGGUGAACUCCACGAUGAUCGUGCAACCGGCCACGCCCACGCCCUCCAUCGAUGUGUUCAUCGAAGCGGGCAGCUUUGAACGCGACUGCGAGAGCCCUCCGAGCAAUCCCAUACACCUUCAGGUGCAGGCUGUGGUGCAUCACGAGCUCAACUGGAGUCCGACUCUUGUGAGAUCACACAAGCGGGAAACCAACGAACCGGACUGUGGCCUGUACACCAAACGUGCCUGCCAGACUAUGGAUGCUGAAGCGGACUCGGAGUCAUCAAAUGUCACGCCCAUAUCAAUAACCAGCGCCGACUCGGGCGUUAGCUGCGAAGAAACGGGCACGCUGUCCAGCUUCAGUGAGAGCUCCACAUUGCCCUCAAUUGGCGAAAUGCCAAGCCGCCUGCUAAUCAGCACCAGCAGUGCCGUCGUUUCAGAUUUGUCCAGCCUGCCCGUCAUAAGCCCCUAAUUUAUGAACUAACUGCAAUUGUCAAUCGUUUGCUCAACGAUGCCAAAGGAUGUGCCUUAAUUCAGCUGUGCAUGUAAAUGAUAU